AAGAAAACCAUUUUCUUCCUCCUCCAAACAUCCAAGAGACUCGUACUUGUCAAAGAAACUCUUACAGUCGCACAAGUCGGAAUGGGUGCCUGCGACCGGCAGCCUGUCAACAGACUUCCCAAUGAGGAUAAAGUGGCUUUCGCGUGCCGGAGCUGCGCGCGUUUCUCUCCAGCUUCGCUCUCCCAUCGCUCACCCUUGCGUGGAUUCUCACCACCGCAUGAUUCUAGCUAGAAGUAGCUGCUGAAAACUCGGACAAUUUUCUCGAUUUGCACCUCCUUCCAUCUGACCUGUCAUAGACUAUCGGAUCACCCGUGGAAACCCGGGUUUGCUCGCCAGCACCACGAUGCAUCACUCGCAACUAGCCCCGCUGCCGAAUGACUUACCCUUCCGAAUAGUCUCCAAGACGAUCGGCCAGGGUGCCUAUGCCUGCAUCAAAAAAGCCGUCCCGUCCCACACAGAUAGUCCGGUCUUCGCAGUCAAGUUCAUUCACAAGGAAUAUGCCGCUCGCCAUGGCAAAGUCAGCGCGCGACAAUUGCAGAUGGAGGCGACGGUACACAAGCACAUUGGCGACCAUAAUAACAUAAUUUCUUUCUUCCAGACCGGCGAGGACGAUGUGUGGCGCUGGGUUGCAAUGGAGCUGGCCGAGGGUGGCGAUCUUUUCGACAAGAUCGAGGCCGACGAGGGCGUGGGCGAGGACAUCGCGCACGUCUACUUCUCCCAGCUCAUAAGCGCGGUAGGCUACAUGCACUCCAAGGGGGUGGGACACAGAGAUAUCAAGCCGGAGAACAUGCUGCUGGCCGCGGAUGGCAAUCUCAAAAUCGCCGACUUCGGCUUGGCCACGCUGUUCGAGUACAAAGGCGUGACCAAACUCUCCACCACCUUCUGCGGUAGCCCGCCGUAUAUUGCACCAGAGGUGAUUUCGUGCAGCAGCAGGAGUCAAAUCAAAGGGAGGGGUUACCGACCCGACCUGGUGGAUAUUUGGUCGUGCGGCAUCGUCUUGUUCGUCCUCUUGGCUGGCAACACCCCGUGGGACAGCCCGACGGAAACGAGCUACGAGUAUCAAGAAUACCUUGCCACUAAUGGGCGUACGACCGACGAGCUGUGGCAGCAGUUGCCGCCCGCUACGCUUUCACUCCUGCGCGGCAUGUUGAACGUGGAUCCAGCCAACCGAUUCUCUCUCGAGGACGUCCGCAGACACCCCUGGUACACCCGGCCGAACAAAUACCUAUCGCGCAACGGCGCGCUCAGAGACACCAUCAACAUGGCCACGACGAUGUUCGAGUCUCUGCAUAUCGAUUUUACACAAGACCCCUUCGCGCGACCGCACGGCAGCGGCGGGAGCCAGGGCUUUGAAGGGACCACCGACCUGAUGGACAUGGGAGAUGAAUUCGACGACGACGCCGAUCAGAGGAUCUCAUCCACGCAGCCGGAAAUGCCGCGCGGGGGUAUGCUAGUGGAUUGGGACACGCCGCAGGUGGCGGACGCAUUCUCUUCCACCCAGCCCAUGGGCAGACCGUCGUUGUUGUUCGGGAAGAACGACACCCAGCCCCUCGACCACCUGGAAGACGAACCGUCCAUGUCGCAAUUCUCCCCGCACCCCUCCGUGCCCUUAAGUCGCACCCAGAAGGCCAUCCGCUUCCACGACAUCGUCCCCGCCCGUGCUAUGACGCGGUUCUUCUCAACGUGGGAGCUCAAAAUCCUAGUGCCCCUGAUCUGCGAGGCGCUGCAUCGUCUGGGUGUCCCCGUGCCCGCCGUGCCCGCCGUAUCCGCCGGGGAUACCUCGGCCACGCUGCGGAUCAUCACCCGCGACGGGCGCAUGUGUACGCUGCAGGGUAAGGUCCUGAUCGACUGCGUGUCGGAGGGUCUCUUCGAAAUCGAAUUCAUGAAAGUCAAGGGCGACCCGCUGGAAUGGCGGCGCUUCUUCAAAAAGGUCGCGGUGCUCUGCAAGGACGCCGUGUACAAGCCUGAUAGCUGAACGACCUAACCCUUAGCAGGGGUUUGCUUCCACAUUAUAGCUUUUUCUUGUUUGUGUUUUUGUCGAGUUGCGUUAGGCUUACGGCCUUAUGGUUUAAUGUACGAAUUAAUGCAAUAAUGAUGGGAUUGGAGUUGUGGAAUUUGGAGGGAUUUGGCAACCAAAAAACAUAAUGGAAAACAAGCUAGCAUCACACGCUUACACCUUUUUCUUUCUUUCCCCUUUGUGUUUGCUAGUGAUAUCUCGAUUGUUAGAUAU